AUGUCAGAAGAAAUACAAUAGUCGAAUUCAGGAUAAUAGUUGAUAACCCAUUAUUUUAAUCAAAAUCCUGAAAAUUCAUAGGAUAGACAAAGAAUAAGCAGGAAGAGAAGGAUGGAUUCAGAGUUACCGAAGAAAAAGAUGUCUCUCAAAUUAAAAAGCGAUGAUGAAUCAUCCAAUGAUAACAUUUAAUUACAAUUAACUAAUCCACCUAAUUGUUAAACGAUCUACAAAUACUUGAAACCAACCAAAGAUGUCAGCACUGAAGCGGGUAAUUAGAGUAAAGCAUUGUAGUUAAAAAACACAGAAGAAGGUAAGUAAAAAGCUUAAGGGAAUGAUAAAAGUUCAUUUGUUAAGCCCAAGGACAGUAAAGUUAUUUUGUAAUCAGUUUAAAAACAGAAUGAUGAUGAAGCCAACAAAUUGUAAUAAAAAUUGAUGGAGAAAGAAUAAGUGGAAAAGCAAUUAAGAUAGGAGAAACAACAACUAGAAAACGAGCGUUAAGAGUUAAUUCAAUAGCAUAAUGCUUUUAAGAAGAGAACAUAAGUAGUAUUUGCAGAGGCCUUAAAAUAAGUGGAGGAAUUAAAGCGGGAAAAAAUGAGGGAAUAUCUCGAGAGGGAACGUUAUAGAUUGGGUGAGUUUGUUAGUUCUAGGAAUAAUGUGAGGUUUGUAGAGGAAUGGUAAGAUGGUUAUGAAAUUAAAUAAGUUAAAUAAAAUUUAUAAAAAUUAGAAAAUGAAAGAAAUGAAUUAGAAAAAUAAAAAAAUGAAAUUAAAGACAAAUCCUUAUCAAAAAUACAAAAAGAUAAAUAAACUAAGUUACUCUUUGAUUUAGACCUAUAGAAUGGUGAUUUAGACAACAAUCAAAGGAAACUCAGAAUCUAGUUCCAAUUGAGCAUUCUCAAGAAAGAAGAGGAAGAACUUAAAUUGAAACUACAAAAACUAGAAGAAGAGAAGCAAUAAUUGGCAUACAAAACAAGGAGAUUCAUGGAAGAAUAAGGGUAAAAAAUUUAUAUUAUUUUUAGUUGUCGAUAUUAUAGAGCAGAACCAAAAUGGCCAUUGAUUGCUUAGAGAUAUUAAACUUUAGGGUUGUUGGGCAAAGGUGGAUUCUCUGAAGUUUACAAAUCAUUUGAUUUACAAGAGUUCAGAGUGUGUGCUUGCAAAAUUCAUUAUCUAAAUCCAUAAUGGAAUGAAAAUGCAAAAAAUAAUUAUAUCAAACAUGCACUCAGAGAGAAUGAUAUUCACAAGCGAUUGAAACAUAUUAAUAUAGUAUCCUUAUAUGACACUUAAGAGAUCGAUUAAGAUUCCUUUUGGUAUUGAAAUAAUAAUUAUAACAAAUAGUACAGUAUUGGAAUUUUGUGAUGGAACAGAUUUAAACUAGCAUUUGAAGAAAUAUAAAAUCUUAGCAGAGAAGGAAGCUAAACUCAUUAUUCGUCAAGUGUUGGCAGCAUUACAUUACAUGAGUUGCAGUCCUACUAAAAUCAUACAUUAUGAUUUGAAACCGCAAAAUAUUUUAUUUCAUAGAGGUGAAGUCAAGAUUACUGAUUUUGGCUUGUGUAAGGUUUUAGACUAUGACACUACUAGAUAAGAGUUAACUUCACAAGGAUUAGGAACGUAUUGGUACUUGCCUCCAGAAUGUUUUUUAGAACAACAAAACAUUUAAAUUAGUACUAAAGUUGAUGUAUGGUCGGUUGGAGUUAUUUUAUUUGAAAUGGUUUAUGGCAAAAAACCGUUUGGAGAUGGUAUGUCCUAGGAAAGAAUAGCUUAAGUAACAUUUAGUAUUAUCCUUUAGGAAAGAGUGAUUUUGAAUUCUUAUUAGGUUAAAUUUCCUUAGAAACCAAAUAUUUCAUAAGAAUGCAAAGAUUUCAUUACAAAAUGUUUGACUUAUAACAUGGAAGCAAGAUGGAAUAUUUCAGAAGCAUACUACUGCAAUUACAUUUAGAAUUUAAAAACAACAAAUUGA